ACAUCACACAUAGCGGGAUGAGGAACACAUGUGGCGCUGUGUAAUGGGUUUUCACACAAACCUCCGCUCACGACUUUAACACCCCGAGUAUUUAAAAGUCCAAAGUAUUAUCAAACAAUGCUCAGAGCCAGACAUCCCGAUAAAGUGUGAGAAUGAAGCUGGUGUUUCUUCUAUGUUUGACCGCUGUCCUGGUCGCCAUGGGAACGGAUGGAUGGGGACGCAGACGCUGGGGCAUACGGGUCCGAGUUCCCCGCUUCCGAGUUCCCCGCUUCCGAGUUCCGCGCUUCCGGGUUCGGCGCUUCCGGAUUCCUCUCCGGACACUGAAACCGUUCAUCAAGCCAGUCUUGGGUACCGUGGCUAAAACAUAUUUCAGACCAUAUCACACUGGAAUAAAGGUUGGAUGUGGUCUUUACAGAAAGUUUACUGGGCGUGAGGUUCAGACUUUGGACGCCAACACGGAUGGGUUAGUGGAUAGGUCCGAGGCCGCGAGUUAUUUCGGCGUGGACCACAACGACGCCCAACUUGAUCACUUCAUGAACAUGGCGGAUGCGAAACGUGAUGGCACCGUGGAUCUGGACGAGUUCUUUGAUGCGGCGCUGGCGUUCGAGGACCCAACUCCGGAAGCUGCCCCGUGAUCGACUGACUGAAUCCAGAACGAGGCUGCAGAAUGUCCACCUGUACAAAGACCCCCUUCUCCUCUUGUUGUUAUUGGCGUUAUGUGUGCAUUGAAUAAACUUUCACUGUUACA